AUGAGCGCAAUGACGGUACUGGCUUCGGAAGUCAAGGAGGCCGAACUCUAUUUGCCAGUCGGAAAGAGCCAGCUUGACAACCACUUCGGGCUCACAUCACCAUGGGAACACUACUACAAUUCCGAUGCUGCUCCUCAGGGUCGAUUCGAAUGCGAGCUGGACGAGGUGGUGGUCUUUGGUGAAAUCCCUACGGAGAUCAGCGGAACCUGGUAUCGGAUGCACAUAGAUCCUCAUUUCUGCCCUCAGGUUGGAAUUCCCUUCGUCGAUGGGGAUGGACAUGUUUGUGCCUUCCGAAUCCAGGAUGGCAAGAUUUCCAUGAAAACGAAAUAUGUCCAUACUGAGAGAUGGCUUCUGGAGCGCAAGGCUGGUCGCCGCCUCUUUGGUCGUUACAGAAACCCUUACGACAUUCACCCCUGCGUCCAGUUCGCCAAUGACACCACUGGAAAUACCAACAUUGUCUACUGGGGCGGCAACCUCCUAGCUUUGGCUGAAAGGGGAUUGCCAUAUGCUCUGGACCCGGACACUCUUGAGACAAAAGGUGCGGAUCCGUACGGCGGUCAGGUGGCGGCGAAGACCUUUACGGCCCACCCCAAAGUCGACCCACACAAGAAUCAACUAGUCACUUGGAGCUAUUCCGCGAAGGGUCUCGGCACCCCCGAUAUUUGCACCUAUGCCAUUGAUCCCAAAGGGCGAAUCUCGGAUGAACACUGGUUCAAGCAGGACAAGCCCGGAUGGCCACACGAUGCCUGGAUCACGGAGAACUGGAUCAUCCUUUCCAAUAUGCCAUUCACUGCCAACAGCGAGGAGGUGAUGAAAGCUGGGGGCGAUUACUGGAGAUUCAUUCCCGAUCAACCCUCGGAAUUCCUUGUCACCCCACGCAAGAGUCACGCUCCAAAUCAUCCAGACUGGAAGGCCGGCGAGUUCCGAAAGUAUACCGCCCCUCACGGUCUAGUUAUUCAUACGGGCAACGCAUGGGAAGAAGAACAUGGAAUUUUAAAACUUGAAAGCCACUUCGUCAGCUUCAAUGUCUUUGACUUCUUCAAUCCAAAGGACUACAAGCGCCCUCAAGGGAAACCCAGUGGUGAUUGGAUACGCUGGACCUUGGAUCUUUCCAAGCCCGAUGGAACUGCCGUGCCACCACCUGAAACAUUGUUGUCGGGAAUCUUUGAUUUUCCCAUUUAUGAUGAGCGGAGGACUGGCCUUAAGACCAAGAUUGUCUACUUGACUGGUAUGAUAGCGCCAGAACAAAGCGAACGCCCCCGCUUCAAUGGAAUCAUCAAGUUGAACACGGAAACGGGCGAGAAGUCAGUCUUCUACACAGCUGACGAUGGUUGUGUCGCUGAGCCGGCAUACAUCCCUCGAGGACCUGAUUGUGAUGAAGGUGAUGGCUGGAUUAUCUUCUACCUGGAGAAGGAUUCGUCAGCCAAGGGGGAGCUGGUCAUCCUCGACUGUAAAGACUUUUCCAAGCCGGUCGCUAUUGCGCAGCUGCCUUUCCAGACGCGCAAUCAAGUCCAUGGAAAUUGGGUCCCUAACCCGCAUCCUGAGAGGCCUCUGCCGCUGUUAACCGGCCCUGUCAAAGAUGUCCUGCCUAGCACUAAGUACUCACAGUUGAACAUACUUCCGUAG